AUGACAUCCCUCCGCCCCUUCCACGCCCUCGACAUCUUCUCAUUCAACCCCACCAACCUCGACCCCCUCACCGAAACCUACGACCUAAACUUCUACUUCUCCUACCUAGCACGGUGGCCACACCUCUUCACCGUCGCCGAAUCCACGUCUGGAACCAUAGACGCCUACCUAAUGGGCAAAACCGAGUCCUCCCCCCCCUCCGCCAUGUACAGCCCACACUACCUCCCCUUCCACGCACACAUAACCGCCUUAACCGUCGCGCCGCACGCGCGACGUCUGGGUCUCGCGCGGACGCUCUCCUCAUCACUAGAACGGCAGGGCGACAGCAACGAGGCGUGGUUCGUGGAUCUGUUUGUGCGCAAGAGCAACGGGGUAGCGCAGAAGCUGUAUCGCGGGAUGGGGUAUAGUGUGUAUAGGACUGUGGUGGGGUAUUAUAGCGAUGAUCCGACGGAUCGGAGUAAGGAUGGCGAGGACGCUUAUGAUAUGCGGAAGAGUUUGGGGAGGGAUGUGGAGGGGAUACAUGUUAGGGUGGAUGGGGAGAGGUUUGAGGUUAUGCCGGAGGAUGUGUGGUGA